AAUACAUUUUAUGAAGAUAAAUUAGUUAGCCCUGUAAUGUUUUAUUUAGUUUUCAAUAAUUCGCUAACUACAAAAAUUAAGGAUGCGAUUUAUUCCGUUUAUGGUGCAGCUCUUUUAGACCGACCUGGUCAGAAUCCUACACCAAAGAAUAUUCAAGAAUGGAAAGAGUCUGCUAAAACAAGUCACGCAUAUAAAUUGCUCCAUAGAAAAAUUGAUCCUAAUGUGCCUCAUACCUAUUUUAAUCGGAUCCUUUCGCGCAUAUGGCCUAAUAGUUCCACUAAUAUGCAAUUAGUAUACACUUUGACU